AAUAAAACUCAAAACCGAACAUCCUAAACCAUAAAUAUCCUCCAUUCUCCAUGAACCAUCUACCAACCCGCCUGCCAUAGACGAGCACGGAAAUAAAUAAAUAAAAAAGCAGCCACAGCAGCAGCAUCAGCAUCUCAGCCAGGCCAAGAACUGUGUGUAUGUGCAUCCUAUGCAGCUAACAAAAACUGUAACAAAAAGCCAGAAAACAGAAAACAGAAACUGAAACUGUCACUGACACAACUACUAAAAACACGCCUGAAAUUCACUCGGAUGCCGUGCUGUUUUUCACUCAUUCAACAUGCGACAUCCGCAACACGAGCGGCAGAUCCAGCAGCAGAAGCAGCUAAUAAAAAAACAGAAAACAAAAAACCCCUCCAAACAAAAAGAUAAAAAUAAGAAUAGAGAAGCAACAUCAGUAUGUAUUGAAUCUUGUGGCCAUUAAAACUGUCAAGUUUUGCCAGCAACAAAGCAAAAACAGAAGUAAGCAAAACAAUUGAUAAGGGAAUCGAACAUAGAAGUUAGUUUAAUUAUCAUAAUCUAAAGGAAAAUACAAGUUAGAUCAUAGUGAAAAGUUCAACGAACAAAAACAUACUUAAAGCACACAUUAAUAUAUAACUUUAUAUUUAAUAUGCAUAUACAAGUCUGUAUAUAAUUACCCCCUUAAACCCUUAACCCUAAACCCCUUAAGAAUAUCAUGUUAACGGAAUCUCAUCGAAGAAACUCUAAAACGAAGAAAUCGUUUAUUUUUUUAAUUCAAUCGUCAGUCGAAAAGAAUGAAUCUUUCAUUAGUUGAACGUUAGUUGUUUCCCUUCCCCCCAGAAUUCAUUGUAAACCACGAAAAGAUUAUGCGAAAAUCGUUCCAGACAAACUCAUUGUGUUUGGACUCCGAUUUUGUUUGCUAUGCUAGCUAAGUAAGUCUAAUGCAUAUUAUAUUUUUGUUAAACUGACGCAAAUUUUUGUUAAUGAAGUAUUUUUGAUUAUGUUAUAUUUAUACAAAUACACUUUCCACCCCCACUUCAAAAUGAUUGUGUGAAUUGCCAGGAAGUGGGUGGAGCAGCUCAGGAGAGCGGGAAAGGAGCAUAACACCAUAUUGAAAACACGUUUAACAGCCAUAUUUAGUUAAUGAAACGACCAUGAGCAAUUAUGAUAGCUAUGGUAAAAUAAUAUCGAACAUUCAUAAUGUACAAUUAAACGCUAAACUUAAAUUAUUUUUAUUUUAAUGGUAAUGUAUUAUACGCAGAAAUAAACACAAACCAUUACGUUCUAAAGCAAAAACUUCACAGCUCUAAUGAAAUAACAAAACGAAUUCUUUGGUUUAAAAUAAUGGAUUAUCUGGCAUUGUUUAAUCUCUUAACUUCUUUUUUAUUUUUGUUGGAACAAAAUGAAUGCAGCAGAUUAGCAAAGAGCAAAAUGAAACGCGGUAAAUUGCAUUUAAAUUAUGGUACAAAACUAAGCAAUCGAAGAAACCAAUCAUUAUUUUAAAUUGAAGAAUUGUUUAGGUUUUUGCUGGAAAACUGAAAAUGAAAAUGUUAUUUUUUUUCGAAACGUGCCUUAAUGAAGUUAAAAAAAAUCGGCACCAAUCAAAAUAAUCAAUCUAUUAAUUAAUAACUAAUAAGCGAGAAUAGAGAACUUUUUGAAAUUAUUUUGCGAAGUGAGAGAGACUUUAUACUCAGAAAUAAAAGCAAGUGGAGCCACCCAGUUGGUUAACUAUAAUAACAUUAACAUAAUUCUUAAUAUUAUUAAUAAUAACGGCAAUCGUGCAAUCGUAGCAAUUUCAAGCGUUGCUUAUGAUGAGUUCAGAAUUAACCCAAACAAAAUAUAAAACGAAAAUAUAAUUCUCUCGAUGAUUGUGUUACAAAAAAGAAUAAAUAACAUAGAUUAUAGGCUCAUUAAUUGAAUGUUGUGCCUCUUAAUCAAUAUUCAUCCAUUCGCCAGCAUCAUUAUUUUAGUUUCAUGCGUUUCAGAAGAAAAUCAUCGAUAUAUUGUGAAAUAAUCAGUCCUUAUGUUCAAAACCUAAAACUAUAUCAAUUACGCACAUGUAAUUAUCAACGUAUGUAUCUGUAUGUACGCGUAUCUAUAACUUUUUGCAUAAAUAAAUGUUUUUAAAAAAUCCACAACUGUUUAAUGUCUUGGGGAAGGUAUCAUUUCACGCAGGCAAUAAAAUAUAUAAUUGAUUCAAUUGGUCGGCUUUUAUCUUAAUCGGAUUAAAGCAAAUGGAAUGAAAUGGCCAUUUUGCAUCCCAACCAGAGUGAAUUUAAAUUUGGGAUAUAAAUAUUGAGUAGCAACUCACCCACUUGAACAUUUUUUCGGAGGAAAUGUAAAGCUCGAAAUGCAUUUGUUGUCCUUUAUUUAUAAACAAAAGGGACUUUGAUUAGAGUCGAGUUUCAAAUCUAGACCAGGAGGAAGCCUUCAACAAAGAAAUUCUGUGAAACACGUCCAUCUAUUGGGUUAAUUAAGAGGAAGACCCUGUGGUCCUGGUAACUUGGGCCCAUGGUCUCAGCCUUAUGCAGAAAUGCGACACUCGGAGCAGGCAACUGCGUAGUGCGUAGGGACAGACAAUCAAUCGCUUGAAUUCAGCCUAAAGAACGGAACACUGACAAAUUGUGUAGACGUUAAUUUAUUCCGAGAGCCUGAGCCGUGUCCUUUGCCGUGGCUCAGACUACUCGGGCUGAAAAUCACUGUCGCCGUCACCUGUCUUUGUGUUGUAAACAAAGGAAGUUGCACGUGCACGUGCCGGAGUCGAAAGUGCGCAGGCGCCACUUAACAGUCCUCUAACAGCAGGACCCUUCGGUUAACAGGACACCGUUGUUGGACGUGCUUUUAUAUCCUGGAGACUGUGGGUGUUCGCUUCAGUGCGGUCUCGGCGUUCGAAAGGUUCGUUUCCCUGUUGAAACCCAAUAAAAUAAUUUGCCAGCCUGGUAAAUUAAAUUCCCAGUCUCAAGUCGUGGCAACAAGUGUCCUCCGAGGAUGUGCGUGAGAAACCAUUCAUCAAUUUAUGUGCUGUUCGGUUACUGUGUUGCUCUGCUUGGAGUUUCUGUGGCAGUAGUGCUCGGCCAAAACGAAAAUACCUCAAUGGUAACCAUUCAGAAUGAAGUGGCAAUCGAGGAGCAGUGCGGCAACACCCAGCGAAUGGUGGACGAGUGCUUCAAGGAUCUACCUCCCCACCUAAUGGAGUUCCUACAGAAUACCAAAAUUGUCAUCAGUAAAAAGGAGAUCACCGCCAAGUGCAACAUAUUCAACCGGGGCAUGAAAUGCUUCGACUCCUACAUGAAGCGUUGUCUAAAAGAUCGCAAAAAAGACUCGUUCGAGGCGAAUGUGGAGGGAGCCAAGCGAUUUUUCAAUAAAUUCUGCUCCGAUCCAGAUUUUCAGAGGGACUACUUGCGGCACAAGGAUUGCUUCUCCUACAUUCAGCUGGACUGGGUCAGUUGCACAUCCGAGUUCGAGACCAUCCUGAGUGACGAGGUGCACGAUGAGACGAGAAACGCCAGCGUCAAGUUCCUUGAAUUCUGCUGUGCCAGAUACGCGUACGAAAAUUGCAUCUACAACAGUGCCCGGUACAAGUGCUACAAAAACUCGGCGGAGUUUGCCCGCGAGACGGCCAAAAUGCUUUCGGACGAGAAGCACUUCAGGAACUGCGCCGUCCUCCAGCACAUCUGCGCCCACGCCCCUCCCAGUGGCGGAAGACUCCAGGGGCAGUGGCUCGGCCUCCAGGUGGCCCUCCUCCUCCUCCUCCUGAUCCUGCUGAUGCGGAUUUGGCCGUAAAUCGAAAUUCAACUUUGUGUCGAGUGUGAAGCUUGUGAGUGUGAGUGUGGUUAUGUGGAUAUGGGUUAGGAAUUGGAGAUGAAUGCACUCUGAAGAAAGCAUGGCAGCAUUGGGUCUUCAACUUUAGGAUUGUGCAUAUCAUAUUGGGGUCGUUGUAAGUUUUAUCUUGAAACAUCUCUACCAGCUAAGGGGUUUCAAUGACUUGUAGAUAUUCUUGAGCUUACUCCCCAAAACUGAGAUGGCCUGUUGGAACUGAAAGUAUCACACUUUUUUCUCUGUGCAUGCAUGCGGUUAAGUGUGCUCGUCCGAAUUUGAGUCUCCGCUUCUUUUUUGGGAUGUCCCAUCGAAAAUGCCAAGCAUUUGGUCCCCUCCCCCGGUUUUUUCGGACAAAACCUCCGAAACCCUGCCUGGGUUCCUGUUAUCUCUAUGUGUCUGUGAGUUUUCCGGUGUCGUUUGGGUGUGUGAGUGAUGGGGUGUCAUGGGCGGGUUACUGGGUCGGAAAGCGGCACUGGUUUAUCUUUGUAACUUUAAGCUAAAUUAAAUGCAUAUUUCAAAUAAAUGAA